GGCUGGCAGUGAUGGUGAAAGCAUAGGAAACUGCCCCUUUUCCCAGAGGCUCUUCAUGAUUCUUUGGCUCAAAGGAGUUGUAUUUAGUGUCACAACCGUUGACCUGAAAAGGAAGCCUGCAGACCUGCAGAACUUGGCUCCUGGGACCCACCCGCCAUUUAUAACUUUUAACAAUGAAGUCAAAACGGAUGUAAAUAAGAUUGAGGAAUUUCUUGAAGAAGUCUUAUGCCCUCCCAAGUACUUAAAGCUUUCACCAAAACACCCAGAAUCAAAUACUGCUGGAAUGGACAUCUUUGCCAAAUUCUCUGCAUAUAUCAAGAAUUCAAGGCCAGAGGCUAAUGAAGCACUGGAGAGGGGUCUCUUGAAAACACUGCAGAAACUGGAUGAAUAUCUGAAUUCUCCCCUCCCUGAUGAAAUUGAUGAGAAUAGUAUGGAGGACAUUAAGUUUUCUACACGUAAAUUUCUGGAUGGCAAUGAAAUGACAUUAGCUGAUUGCAACCUGCUGCCCAAACUGCACAUUGUCAAGGUGGUGGCCAAAAAAUAUCGCAACUUUGAUAUCCCAAAAGGAAUGACUGGCAUCUGGAGAUACUUAACUAAUGCUUAUAGUAGGGAUGAGUUCACCAAUACCUGUCCCAGUGAUAAGGAGGUUGAAAUAGCAUAUAGUGAUGUAGCCAAAAGACUUACCAAGUAAAAUAGCACUUAUGAGAGAGAUAUCUUUCUGUCUUCCCCUAAGAAUAUGCUUUUCCUAACAGACUGCUCUUAUUCCUAUAAAGUAGAAAUUGUAUUUUGCAUGAACAUGCAGUUAUUCAAGAUUAGGGUCAAGGAUAGACAAGGUAUAGUAGUUAUCUUAAAAUAUACACUCCUAAGCAGUAUUAUUGUAAAAUCCUUUUACCCUGCCUACCUCCCAUGUAUCCUCCUCCUCCUCUCAUUUGGAGACACUCCAACACAAACUUCACUGCAGAGGUAGUUUGCCAUCUCUCUGGAGCCCUCGCCGUUGUGUCCAUUCAUUGUGUAUAGAAGGCAGAACUUUUGAGGUGCAAUGUUUAACUGUUAAAAUAGUAGCCAUGACUUCAUCAGUCAGCCCCAAACUGGUGCAUGAUGCAUGGUACAAGGAAUAUUUAUGUGUUUUUUUUUGAAAUUUUGUAAUAUUUAGUAAGAGUAUAUGAAAGGAUUGCUACUGUAUCAGAAAUAGUCUAUCCUGGGUGUAUACUAAGGGAUAUUACCACCAGAGAGAAGAGCCUUCUACAAAAAGUCACUACAGAUUUUGCUAUUUUGCUUUGUAGAUAGAUUUUUAUUUUUGCCUAAAAGCAUUUAUCCAUACCAAUUGUAAUACCUGACACUAUGUAGAAGCUAAAAGUUUAGAGGGAGGGGUGUAUUCUCAAGAUCUUCCUCAAGCAUUUUAUCCUUAUAAGGGAAACUGAUAGGUACCUGAUACUCUGUCUAAAUGUAUUGCGUGUUACGUGUAUUUUGCCCAGUGCCAUUCAUUUGGAACAUUAUUGCUUUCUUCCCUCAUUUUAAAAAGCUCCUUUUUAGGUAAGCAUACACCUUGCUGUUUAUACAUCUUUUGAGCAACACUACAUAAACUGAUAUUUAGUUGAUUUAGCUAUAGCAGUACAGUGUUUAGUAAUGUAGAAGUUAACACAUACAGAAAUUAACCUAUGGAAUGUAGGGUGGGUUUCUCAAAAUAUCAAGUAAAAUUUUGUUUCUAAAGCAUGUUUAAUGUAGAUGACCCAAAGAUGACCCAAAGUUGUCCAGAUGGCCAACUUUCCCAUCCCAUCCCCAUUUACUGUUAAGACUUUGCGUAGAGGAUUGUUCACUCCUUGUGGAGUAAAUUAUAGUUGUUACGAUGAGUGCAUAUUAACAGUUUUGCCUGAUCUCAAUUACUGCUCUUCCUCAAGUUAAAUUUUCUACAGCCACAUUGGAGAAUAUAACCCUGUAUGUUUUUUUUUGUUUUUGAAAUCGAAGUCCCAAACCAGGAACUAUUUGUGCUCUAACAAGGGAGAAUGAACUUGGUGAUUAAAAAUUAAAAAUUUUCUAUGUAUGUAAUUCAUUUUUAAAAAACCAAAAAAUGGACUUUCUAAGUACUACUUUAAAAAACUGUGGUUGUGACUGUAAUACAUUUUUGGUAAUUUUUUAUACCUAACUUGUUUAAGAAGUGUUAUUUCUCAUAGGCUGAUAGGCUGUUUUUUGAAAUUUUAAGUAUAUUGCUUUAAAAUGGCAAUAUUUUCUCCCCUUUGAUAUGCUAGCAUUUAGUAAGCACUGGCUUUGUGGAAGCAGCCUGACUUUUAUAAGCAUUCUGCAUUUUUUACCUGUCAGUAACUAGCUUAGUAUAGAAACAUAAGAAAAACUCUAUAUUGUGUCCAUUUGGCUCAGGGAGAUUCCUUUCCCUUACCUUUUUUAGAACUCCUUAUUGCUGAUCAAAAGUUUGAGCACCCAUUUUUUUGUAAUUAAAUGUUGGGUGAUGAUGUGUCUGGUUCCAGGAAGAAGCACCCUCUAGUUAUCUAUUGAGAGAUUGUGUUGCAGUAGCUUCAGGGGGUGAAAGUGCCCUGUCCGCACUGGUGCACGGACAAGCUGUCACUCUUCAUCUACUUUUAAAUUGUGGCAACUUGACCUUCAGGUGAUAUUGAGCCUUGCCUCAUAGCUUAAAGUUCAAAAAAGAUUCAAGAGGAGGGUGUCUUUUUUUCUAAUGAAUGGUGGGCUAAGUGGUGCAGGAUAGAGGGCUGACAGAGGAAAGAGCUCCAAUUCUCAAAACAGAGUGACAAAAAAUACGUUCUGAACCUCAGUUGUGAAGUAUUUUCACUUUGGAUAUUUAUUCUAUUGUUUUUUAUUUAUCCACCGAUUACAGUUGGCUGUCCCUCUGGAUGUCCAAGGAAGUCAGGUCUACUAUGAUUUUGAUGAAGGCAGAAUUAUUUUUCUCUGUAGAAAGACAGAUUUUAUUACUUUAUGAGGGAAGUUAUUCACAUGAAAUUGAGUUUGGCAAAUGGACGAAAGCUAGUAAGAAGGAUGACCCUACAACAUGCUUUUAUCCCAUUGUAUAUUUGUGGAAAGAUCAUGGCUUAAAAUCUUGAGAUAUUUGGGACAUUAAAGUUUUCUUGGCAGUUUGUGUAGCAUAUGUAUUAACGUGGAAAUCAUCUGAUUUUAUUUCUACAACUAAGGAAUCAUUUCCCCUUUCGUGUUUCACUUCAGCGAGGAGAUCUGGAUGGAAGGUCUCAUUAUUUUCCAAGGGAUUUUGAAAAAUCAUUGUAUUCAACCUUUGGAAAGCUCUCUACUAUUCCACUUAAUGUAACUUGCCUUUUUUGAUGUAGAUGCAGGUUUUCUAUACGGUUCUGUUCUCUUCUUGUGCUAGGAUUAUUAACUUUUGUGAUAGAAUUCAAAUAAGAUUUUAUUUCUUGGUAACUCUGGCUUUCACAACUUAUCUUUAAGCCCUUGAGCAAUAUGUGUACAAUUAAGAGAUUUCUGACAUUUAUUCUUAUACUAAGUGGAUCAACUCUAGAAUUUAGGCAUUUUCACUUUACUUCUGUUGUGUUUUGAUUCUCUCCAGAGUUGCAUGUAGAUAGUUUUUAUUUCUGUGCAUUUACAAAACCCAUUUAGAAAAUAUCUACAAAGUAAAAAUGAGAGGAAAUAGAAAUGUAUUUUUUUCAUGAACAUUUUGAUACACAUUUCAUGAAGUUUAUUGAUUUAUCAAUUUCUUACACUGCUUAUAAUCAAUAUUUAAUUCCAAGAGAGGGAAGCAUUCAUUACGAUAUACAUGGCUUUUUAAACUCCUUCCUUUACAAAUUAUUGUGGUUGGGGCCACCAAAAUUAUAUUUUUAUCAGGAAAAAAAUUUUCAACUCCUCUAGCCAUAAUGUUGAACAGAAUUGGAAUAUUUUCUCUAGAAUUUUCUUCAGCAGGCAAAUGAAAGUUUAGAGUACUUGUAUUUUCUUUUCUCUCUCUGGAACAUCAAUACAAGUAUAUUGCUGGCAGCUAUUGUACUAAAAAAAUAAAGUAUAUUUUCACUAUCA